AUGCAACAGACAACUACAGAUUUUUGGAUUGAUAUUGAAGCACCAUCGAAUACGAUGAGUACUAUCAAUGAUCAAGAGUUUGUACCAAAUAUGGAUAUUAAUGAAAAUUUAUUAUUAGAAGCACAAAAAGAAUCAUCUCGUACUAGUUCAAAAAGUUCACAUAGUGAUAGUUCAUCACCUAAAACUCCAAAGAGUCCAGUUCAAACUGCUGCUGAUUGGGUAUCAUUUUGGUCAUCACGUAUUGAAGCUGAACCGCCAAAAGAAUGGAAAUUUAUUCAUCCAAUAAAUCAAAAUAUUGAUAAUGAAGAAGAAAAAAAAUUAGUUAAAAAAAAACAUCUACGUUAUGUUAUUUUAAGUAAUUGUGCAAGUUUUAUACUUGGCAUGGGAAUUAUGUAUUUAUGUGUACGUCGUUAUCUUCGAAUGAAAACACCUUAUUUUUAUUCAUUAGAGUAA